UCCAGGAUCGUUCCCAUGUGUUUCAACUCACAUUUACACACAAUCUCGCAAACAAAAAUGAAAGCUGCCUUGAUUGUUUUAUGCUUGGCCGUAGUGUCAUGCUCCGCUUUUCCAACCAACAUCCAGCAAGGUUCAGUACUUGACUUGUUCAAGGACUUAGAAGAUGUAGUAAGAGAAGAUGGAAAACUUCUUAUCGGAAAGAUGAUCAACGUCCUUCACCAAGUUGAAACUUCUGUCCUUAAGCUUAGAGAUCUGGUUCCUAAAGUUAACGAAAAAAUUCAUCAAGAAAUCGAUGAACUCCUUGCUGGAUUAAAAAAAGUGUCAGAUGAAAUCCAAGAACUGUUGGAAAAGAACAAGGCCUACCAAGGAUUUGAUCUCUUGGGUGGACUUACUGAACUCACCGGAGGUACCAAGUUGAGCACUGUCCUCAGCGUUCUGAGUCUUGCUGACAAAGCUCACAAGGUCAUGGAAGAUGCCAAGAAGUUUAUUCCUAACCUUCAAUCUACCUUGGAUAAAAUGCAAUCUCAUGUUGAGAAGCACGCUCAAGACUUUGCAUCCCACGUUCUGAAGGAGCUUGGUCUUCAGGAUCUUGUCCAACAGAGCAUCGUGAAGAAGAUUGAAGAUCUUUUCGUUCGAGUUCAAGAGGAUGCCCAUUUCCUGCUCCUUGACCUUUUGCACAAAAUGGAAGGAGUUUUCGAUCUGUUGAAAGAGAAAUUGCCCCAAGAGUAUGAAAAGGUUAAGGAAGAAGUUGCUGCAGUGCGUGCCAAGAUCCAGGAGCUUGUCAACGAAGUCGAACAAUCUCUAGUCAUGAGGAGCUUCAACUUGUUGGACCUCGCUGGAAAUGUUACAGGAGGAACCCAGCUCAGCACAGUUUUCAAAGUCAUGAGCCUUAUUGACAAAUUCAACAAGGUUGUUCAAGAUGUGCGCACUUUCGGUCCCAACGCCGAAGUUGUUCUGGAACACAGUGUCAAGAAAGUAGCUGAUAGCGCACAAGAUUUUUUCUCUCAUGCUGCUGAAAAGCUUCUUCAGUAACUCUUUUCUCACAAGAACAAUCUAGUAACAUCAUGAUUGAAAACAAUGGUAGCUCAAUGUAUGGAUGCAUUUGUUAAUAAAAUAACUCUGUUAUUGUUUUA